CUGCCGUCCGGGGCGGCGGCUCCGGCUCCGGCUCCCGCCGUCCGGAGGGAAGCGCGUCCCGCGGGUGCCGGCGUGCGCGGUCCUCCCGGGGCUCGGCCAUGCUGCUGUCGCUGCAGGCUCCGAGGGGGUCAGCGCUGCCCGCUUGCCUCCGCCCGCCCGCCCGGAGAUAAGCCAAGCCAUGACCGCAGCGCCCCGGGGGCCAGAUCUCAGUUUUUUAAAGGAGGAGGAAGCCAGGGCCAUUUUUCAGGUGCUGCAGAGGGACUCGGAGCUCCGGCGGGCUGAGAAGGACAGAGUCAGCAAACUUCUGAAGAGAAAGAACGCUGAAACAGGGCUACAAGGAGUGACUGGAGAAUGGUUUGAAGAAAUACAAAGAAAAAAAUUUCAGAAUUAUAUUGAUGUCAAUAGAAUGCUGAAACCACCAUUAGAGCACCAGCUAAGGAACAGGAAAAACACUGCUAGUCAUUAUAAACCAGCAUGUCACAUAGUCUGUCCAAAAAUGUCAAUAAAACUGGAUUUUCUUGGCAUAAAAGAUAAUAAAGAAUUAAAAAUGUCAUCCCGCACAAAUCCUCAAGCACAAAAGAACACUUCAGCUUCCUUUCUGGGGUUCAGAUCACCGUUUGCUUGGCUUUUCUCCUUUAGAAAAUCAAGGAAAAACCAGACUCAGAAACAACCACGAUAUGACAAUUCUGCUAGCUCAUCUUCGAAAGUGGAAGAAAUGGCAACGGCUGAAAUGUGUCAUUCCCCAAUGUCAACUGAAACAAGUGGUCAUUCUUUUGAUGCAAACCAAAAUGAAAUGAUGGAGAAAAGUACACAGGAAUGGAAUGAACAGCUAGAGAAGGAGGUUUUCAGUGUUCUAAAUGAUCUGGACGACCAGCUGGCCCAGGAACAAGCCCAAGACCCAUUGGACAGGACAGUUUCUACUAGCAAUGGAUCAAAUGUCCAAUACAGUAGUGCAUUCCCUACUUCAAAGAGGCAGACUGUUAGUAGAGGGCAACACAGAAAUGACUGGAGUGACAUGCCUAGCACAUUUUUCCCAGAUGGACUGAGAACAAUAAGAGCCAAAGAUGAACACAAGAUUUUCAUCAGACCAAGGAAAUUACACAGUGCAUAUAUAAACUGGCACCAGACAGCCUUUCAAGAAGAUUACAAAUAUGGUGAUCUAGUCGAUGGAAAUUCUUGUCUGUUAAGCAGCAGGAUGUCUUCCGUUUCUUUUGGACAGUCUUCAGAAGGUAGCUUAUACCCUCCUUCCAUAACACAGAACAGUGGAUUUAGGCACAAGAGUUGUAUGAACAGGGAUACUGCUGGCAGAAGUUACUCCGUAUGUUCCCUUCAGAGAUGUCCAUCAUUAGUAUCUUCUGACCAGCUAUCAGCAUCUAGUUUACAAUAUCCGUUCACAAGGGAGAGCAACAAUGGUUUUUUACCAAGGUUUGGUCGACAGAACCCAAAGAGAAUUCCUCUGUCUUCUAUUGUAUGGAACAACACAACAGACUCUCCUGGACAAACAUCAACUCAAGAAAAAAUGUUUAGAACCCAAUCACUGACGGAGUUUCAUGCUAUGGACCAUGGUAGAUAUCCUAGUUCUUUGCAAGAAACCAAGAAAUACUCAUGUUACCACUCAAAACACCACUACAGAAGAUCUAUUUCAAGCAGUAAUUGCUUUAGUAGGGUUAGUUGCCCUGACAAAGCUACUUCUCCAUUGUCCCUUGAUAACUGGGAAAAUUAUCCUUUAUACAAAUCAGAAAAUAAUCUCUCUAGAUCCUACUAUAGAGACAUUUCUUCUCCUGGUAAGUUGUAUGCAAACCAAAAAAAUUCUUAUGGAAGAAAAGACAGCUAUCCUUCUUGGGCUGAUAUUCCUCAGUACUACAGUGAUGAAGCAUUUAUUUCCCCUGAUGCCAGCUUUGAAGUGAUUAUGGCUAAUCUAAAUGACCAGCAGUGGGCACAUACAAAGAAUGCCAAGUUUGGUUCACAGCACCUGCAGAAUGAUUUUCAUGUGUAUUCUCCAGAAAAUACGAAUAUCAAAAGGAUAACAAGAAGCGCAAAUAGAACUUUUUCAGAAGUCACUGAGGGCUGUCAGCCUUGGCUAAGUUGUAACUCUUCAGUUUCUUCGUCUAGUAUCAGAACUGAUGAGUCAGUCUUUCCUAAUUCAAAGGACCAAACAAAACCUAUAGGACUGAACAGGAAUUCAGUCAUCGUUACCCAAAGAAAUACUAAGGCAGACUUUACACAACUAGAAAAGGUUGCAGGUAUGAAACUGCCAGGUGAAGACAUGCCGUUACAGUCAGUUUCUCAACAAGCAGAUAAAAACUACAUCAACACCCAGAGUUUUACCUCUAAUAGCCCUGCUUCUGCCAUGUUGCAAAGUGAUGCAUCUCUCUUUAACACAAUGAGAUCAAAGAGACAAACCCAAAUCACUGCCAGAGGAGAUACUGCAAAAAUGUAUACAUCAAAUGGUGAUAAAAGAAAUGUACAAAUGAAGGAAAACAAUUGCCCACCCAACAGUGUGUUUAGUCAGCCUCCCUGUAUUUUGCCAGCUGAUGAGAGCAGGAAGGAACCUUUCCUUCCAAGUGAGAAGGAACAGGAACAUAAUCUGCAUUACGCAGCAAAAAGAGAGAGCAUCAAACAGGAUAAUCAGAGUGCAGAAGCCAUUAACCAAGCUACUCCAAAGAGGCAGUCCUCACUGCUGAAUGUUGCUUCUGCUCCAUCCACUGAAAAAUUAACAAACUGCCAAGGCAUGUUGUCCUGUCCUCCUGAAUGUUCAUCUAGCUCCUCACAAAGUUCUCCACAAGCACUUUCUUAUAAACACAUUUCUAAAUGUUUAGGAACGCUAACUAGUUCUUCAGUAAAUUGCACAGUUACUGAAUCUCAAGGAGAAGGUGGAAAAACAGCUCAAGUGAGCAGAAUAGGUGUUAACAAAAAGAUUUCACAGAAAACACUGCAAAAUACAAGCACUUUAGUUACUAAGGAUUCUAAUGGACAGUUCACUACUAGUUCUCCACAAAAUGGAAAUUCUGGAAAUAUUUAUACGCAUAGCUUUGAUGGAGACCCCAAGACCUCUGAACAUAGUUUAAGUUAUUUUUGCCUUGAAAAAGAAAGCGGAAAAAUAAGGAGUAAUUCACCUUGUAUUGAAAGGCUUCACAAGCAAGACAACUUGCUGAGACAUACCAGUAGCUGCAGCAUUACUGGCUCCCCUAGCAGAAACAGCCUUAAAUCUCCUGACCCGCUUGUUAUUUAUUACACUUUGCCUAGAAAAUCAGCUAGCAUUGCUGGUAGUAUUAUGUCAGAUACGCCCAUCUCUUUACCUAGAGAAAGUCGAACAACAUAUGAUUGUUUAAGGUCUGAAACUCCAUGUAGAGCUGAUGCCUUUUGUUCUAAGAAAAGAGAUAUGUCUUGUUUAGACUCAAAACAUUCCUUUUUAACAUCAGCAUCAUUAAAUGCUGCUACAAGUAACAAAGAAAAAGAUUACCCCAGUCCUUUAACCAAAAGUCCUAAUGAUUCAGUAAAUAGUAGUACAUCAGUUGAACUGACAGACAGAUGUAAACAUCUAAGCAGAAGAGAAUCCUCUGUGUUUUCAGAUUGUAAGGAGAGGGGAAAUUUUUUGCAGAAAUAUAAAACUACAAGCACAUUUACAGUUUGUGUUGAUGAAGAUCAUGUCAAGUAUCAUGAACUAGUUUCAAUUUAUUACACAUUACCACGAAGGCAUUCAAGAACAUUUUGUAACCUCUUUAGAGAUAAUUCAGAGGAUGCAGAUUUACCUUGUCCCAAAGAAAAUGCUCAGUCACCAAAAAUACAAAACAAGAAAAAUGAAGGUCAUGUGAGUUUAGCAAAUGUUUUUUUCCCCAGUACUUUGGAAAAAGAGGUGCCUUCAUAUUCAUCUGACCAAAUAUCUUCAGCUCUGGUCACACCUCAGAACUUAGGAACUGCUGUUGAUAGUGAAGAAGAGAAUUCCCACUUAUGUCCUAGCUCUGAGAAGAUAUGUACUUCAAAGUCAGUGAGUAUGGUACCUAGUGGGAAAGAUGGUUCAGCAGAUCUUUCAUUAGCAGAAAAUGUGCUUUCAGACAUGGUGACAAAAGAAAUUUCUUUUGGUGGUCCACAAUCCACUGCAAUAGUGGCUAAGUCAGGUAAGGCCAUGUCUGAUGCUUCAAGCAGCCAAAAUACAGAAAUACGUCUAAAAGAAAAGAAGGACAUUUUACAAACAGCCACACCGCUGAUGUCCACUUUAUCAACCCUUCCCAAGCCAGGCAGACGUUUAGAGAAUCCUUUGUAUUCUACUUCAACAAAUAAAAAUAUUAUACAGAAGGGAAACUCUGAAAACUGCCAUCAGCCCCUUAAAGUGACCACCAAUAAAAAUCUGAACAGUUUACUCCUCCACCCAGAAGAGAAGAGUUCCCUUGGAAGGAACAGUAACACAGAACAUGCUGAUGUGCCACUUCCUCCUGCGGAAGACACGUACAGGGAUAGUACCGAAGUCAAACAGAGAGUAAAUUUCCUACACCAAACCACCCCUCUGUAUAAUAAUAAAUGUAGUGGACUGCAAUUAAGGGCUGACAGUUCAAGAAAAAAUGCAAAUUAUUUAAACUCUUGUAGCAAAGUGCUUUCAGAGUCUCAGAACAAAGCAUCUGAGGUAAGCACAGCUUCCAGUGCUGAUCCAUUACUUCAGCUAGAUGAAGUGGUUAGCACAGAUACAGAUGAAUUAAAGAAAUCAAAAAUUAAAAAAGAGCAAAACUCACAGAGUACUCGGAUGGGUAAAGAUUAUAGUGGUUUGCAGGAAUCAGAGAGGUACAGUGAAGGCAGCCUGAACAUUAACUGUAAAGAUAAAGUCCUCAGGGUUACACAAGAUCAGAAGAGAACAGAGAGUGCAGAAGAUGAGAACAAGCUUCUCUCUGACUGCACAAGAGACAAAGUCAAAGAUAUAGAAAAAAGGAAAAACAGACCUUCAAUUAAAAAUAAACUUGCAGCUGUUUACAAAACAAGUCGAAAAUUUUCAAGUAAAAAUUUACCCCCCAAACCACAUAUAAGUAACAUUUUUUCACAGAACAAUGGAAGUACCACUUCUUUGGAGGUCAGCAUGUCCCUUGACUCAUUGAUUUCAACAGAUUCCCAUCAGCCAUUCCUGCAGUUGGACAAUGAAAAUCAGAAUCACAGUCCGGACCCUGACAAGAACACGCCAAGACCAAGAACAGCUGAGAAUAAGAAGACUGAAAAUCAGAAUGAUCCUUCUUUCCUUGUUAAUAACAAUUGGAAGUCUUUUACAAGCUCAUACACCCAGAAGGAAGCCAUCAGUCCCAGAAAAACUGCAGUGAAAGUGGAAAAUAUGCCAAGUCUGACAACCCUAUUUCCAGAUAAAAUGGUAACCACAAGAAAUAAGAAUUCCCAAACAUCUGAUCUCAGGUUAGAAAGCAAAAGCCAGCCCAUCUCCCCCAGUGCUACUACAUCAGACCCACUGGAUGAUGAGAAGAGAAGAGCUAGCAGUUGUGCCUGCAGUCCUCCCUUGCCACUUCUAACUGACAAAAACUCAAACACAUAUGUAAAUAGCUGCUUGCAGGCAGACAUAUGUCCAGAACAAAACUUGACUUCCUGGACAGUGCUUGGUCAGUGUCAAAAUACCUGUCAGGCUGCUAGCUUAAAAAAUGCUAACUUGCAUAGCCAUCAGUUGCGCAAGAGUCAUGCCAAAAGUCAGCGUGAGCGUCACCUUUCUGAGAGUAUUUGUGCUCGAGAUUCUUGUGAGACCUUCACCUCGGGAAGCAAUAUUCUAACAAAAGAUGGUAUACGUGGGAGGAGAUUUAAAUCUUACUCAGAGCUGUUGUCUUGUGAUGAAAAUGAAAACUGGGCAUCGGACAAUGAAAAAUGUUACAGCACUAGGAAUUUGAUGUAUCCUUCUGUUGAAUUUGGUAUAUUUGGCAAAGAACAACAGUUGGCUUUCCUGGAAAAUAUCAAGAGGUCACUCACCGAAGGGCGGUUAUGGAGACCUUGUCUUCUUAAUAACCCUGGUACUCUCAGAGAUAGAGAGACCCCUUCUAUAAACAGGGCUGAGCUUUUGAGCUCAAGUUCUGCUGAGAGCAAAAUGUCAUCGGCUGCUUCAUCCCCCCGAGAGCCGACUGAUAUCUAUCGGGAAGACCCAGCAGCUUAUUCGGACUCAGACAGUGAUACCACUACCGAUGACGAAUACUACCUAGAUGAGAUAGAUAAGGAAUCGGAGCUAUGAAGGGCCCAUGGUACUAAGAUGGCAGGAUAGCUCAGUAGUUUCUGGGCAGGCAAAAACACAUAAAAUACUUUGAGCCAGUUCUUGUGCUGCUAUAAAUUGGUACAACUUCAUUAAUUUUAAAGUUAGUAUGUCAUGUUAGCUUGAGCAUUUGACUUUUGUCUUAACAAUGGUGAAGCCACAUACUUGUUUCUCCUAGCAGGGAAAAAGAAUGUUAAAAAAUGCCUUCCCAAAAAUAAUAGAAGGUAAACAACUGUGGAGCUUCGGGCAGUGUAACUCCAGAGAUGGCUUUCCUCUGAGUCAGCAAGCAGUGGCUUAGGCUCCUGCCAGCUACGCAGUGCUGGGAUGGAUAAAUUCUGGCUUGAGCUACUUUUUCUUACAAAACUUAACAGAAAACCUAGAGGUUACUGUGUUCAUAAAUUGCUGUUUCUCCAGUUUUCCUCAUUUACCAGAUCAAGCAUGAUAAUGCCAAUCCAUCCCACCCAACAAACACCCCACAAAACGAAACCUGUUCAGCCGUUUACAGCAUAUUGUGUAUGAAUGUUCUUUUUCUGCAUUCCUGGGAAGUGUAGCAGUAAUGUCCCUGGUGGUGUUUGUUCUGCUAUGCAGUUGAGGCGGAUUCCACACCAGGAUUUUUCUCCUCAGCAUUGCAAGAGCAGUGAGCAAUGUGAGUUGCAGAAGUGCUGCUAGUGCCUGGGAAACAGCUCAGCAAAGGGCACAGCACUGGAAAACUCACCGAAAUUCCUGAGGAUGUUAAACACAGCUGAGCAUGGAAAUCUGCUUUUCAGACAUGGGAAAUUAAUAACUGGCACAGCUUUGACUAAAAAUGAGAUGAACGGCCAGAUUUCUGCCUUUGACUUAGGGAACGGGUUAAUUUGGAUUAGCAAUCUGACACUUUAACCCAUGCAAAAUGUAAAAAGAUUUACCCUAUUUAUUUCCUAUAUAAACCUCAUAGGUUGAAUCCUAAGUUGCCCUAAUAGUGGGAAGACAACCAUAACCAAUACAACUUGUUACAUCCCUAAGUUCUCCUGCUGCCCCUGUGCUUGGCUGGGUCGCAACUGCACCGUACAGACUGGUGGGUUUGUACAUAUGAAGUAAAUAAAGAGUAAGAAAUCCUCUUUGCCUUUUGCUAAAUUACCAUCCUUUUUUGGUAUUUUUCAACCAUUCUUGCUGUCAUCAUGGUACUUUUUAUCCUUUGAAUUGAACGGCUGUAAACGUUUUCUAGUGGCUCUUCUUCAGCCACACUAAUAAUGUAGUAGUAUUACUCAGUAGCCAAAACUCGUCCCUGGCCAUUAAAUUUCUAACUAAGCUUUGAUCUCUUCUUACGCGAAAUCAGAAGUGGCUCACUGAGCCAGAAGAUAGUAUUUUUAAAUAAUGAUACAUUUACUUCUACUUUAUUUCUAAUUUCACAUAUGGUCUAAAAUGAUGAUCCAUAUUUUUAUACACUUUUUAAUUCAAUAAAAUUUCUGUAGAACAUAAUUAUAUUUUUGUAACUGGAAGGACACUAUACUGGUAUUUUAAAAUAAUAUAUUUUACACAAAACAAGCUAUGCUUGUAUUACUGACUCCUCCACAAGAAACUAAAAGAUGAAAAUACUGUAGUAGGUAACUGGAUUCCUUAUUUUUUUAUACUGUAAACUUCGUUAAAGAAGUGGGUCUGUAGUUCAAAUCUGUACCGAUAUAUAAGUAUUAUUACUUUAUACUGGGGUAAUUUGUCUUUUGUUGUACAUAGAAGGACUAGUAUAGUAUUUAUAGUCAGAAUUGAUCUCUACGACAUGCCUGUUUUGGAAGGAUAUAAACAUACCUUGACAUGUGCAAUGCUGGAAGGAAAUGGCUACUGUAUAAUUGCAAUCUUGUAAAAUGGAGUAUUCUAAGGAGAAAUUAUGUUUUUCUGUAAAUGGCUCUAUUCUAUAUGUACAGGAUGCUGUAGAGUAAGACAAUAAAACCAGUUGAGUAUCAGGAAUUUCUGCUGCUGUACAUUUCUGCAAAAUAUGUUAAUCCAAAAAUUGGGAAUAGCAGCCUACAUAAGGUAAAGAGUAAUAAAAUAAAUGUUUACAAGGGAAGUAAAUGGUCGUACAGUUUUUCUUGACUAGAAGUGUAUGGUUUAAAACAUUUUUAUUUGUAAAUAUUUUCUAUCCGUUCAAGAAGUUGGAUUAAGUUCUCUCCUUGCUGGCAUAAUUUUUUUUCAUUUGCUGUGCUAUGUGUGUACAGGAAAUUAGGUGGCUUGAUUUAAUGUAAGCAAGUAAAAACUGCUUUUGGUCAUAAAUCAGUUGUGGAAGACUGCAGCCUAAUGAGGAUCUGUAAACUAAUAUUUACACUGAAUAAUGGUAGUCUGUAAAACAGACAACUGCAUGAAAACAUAGGGAGAAAUACCCUUUGAAUAGCAAUCAAUCAGCUUCAUUCAGUUUAGCAGAGCCGGAUUUUGACAUCUUUGCUCUUCCAAGCUUUUUCUUUGGCAAAAGUAUAUUCUAUAAAUGUUCAUAAUUUA